AUGGAACAAAGAAGCUGUUUGCUCGGCUGCGUGGUUGCUGCGCUGGUGUGGAGUGUGACCGCGGCGCAACUGAGAUAUUCCAUCUCCGAAGGGGUGAGCGAAGGGACGGCUGUUGGAAACAUAGCCAAAGACCUGGGGCUGGAUAGAAGCACGCUGAAAGAAAGGAAAUGUCGGAUUGUUUCGACCGGUGGGGAGCCGCUGUUUCAAGUGAAUCAGAGGGACGGCGUCCUGUAUGUGAGCCGGGAUAUCGACAGAGAGGAGGUGUGCGCGCAGAGCAGUGCGUGUUUGUUGAAUCUUAAAACGGUUCUCGAAAACCCUUUAGAGGUUCACUAUGUUGCAGUGGAAGUGAUGGAUGUCAAUGAUCACUCGCCAGUGUUUCCCGAGACGGAGAAGACAAUGGAAAUAUCCGAGUCUGUGUUGCCCGGAGCCCGUUUCCAGCUGAAACCUGCCCAUGAUCAUGACAACGGUCAAUUCUCUGUACAACAAUAUAAACUGAGUCACAACGAAAAUUUCCGUUUGGAAGUGAAGGACAAGCGAGGAGACGGUAAAAUCCCGAUAUUAGUUUUGCAUAAAGCUUUAGACAGAGAGGCAGCAGCGAGUCAUUCCUUGGUGUUAACUGCAGUCGAUGGAGGCAAACCCCCCAAAUCAGGAGAGAUGAGAAUUAAAGUUAAUGUUAUGGACAUAAAUGACAAUCCACCGAUUUUCUCUCAAGAUGUUUACUCUGUAUCUUUGAAUGAAAAUGCUCCACAGGGCACCACAGUUGUUCAAGUUAAUGCAACUGAUCUUGAUGAUGGUCAAAAUGGAGAAGUGGUUUAUUCAUUUGGUGACAGUGUGAGUAACAAAUUACUGUCUAUAUUUGACAUCAACAAAUUAACAGGGGAAGUAACCGUGGUUGGUAGUUUAGAUUAUGAGAAAAACGAGGAAUAUGAAAUAGAAAUUCAGGCAUCUGAUAAAGGAUCUGCUCCACUGACGUCUGAGAAAAGUGUCAUCAUCAAAAUAGUGGACGUUAAUGAUAACGCACCUGAGAUUGAAGUCACUUCGUUUUUCAGUUCGAUCAGUGAAGACUCCAAACCUGGCACCACUGUUGCUCUGGUCAGUGUGAAUGACCUGGACUCUGGUCUGAAUGGUAAAGUCGUCUGCUCCAUCACUGAUGAUGUUCCUUUUGCCUUAACACCAUCACUGCAGGAUAGAAUGUAUUCAUUAGUGACCAAAUCUCCCCUGAACCGAGAAGAAGAAUCAAAAUAUGACAUCAAACUUGUAGCAGUCGACUCUGGGAAGCCAGCGUUGUCUUCAGAGAAGAUGAUCAGUGUCAUCGUGUCGGAUGUUAAUGACAACAGACCUCAGUUUUCACAGAGUCCAUAUACUUUCUAUGUGAGUGAAGGAAACAAGCCAGGAGAGUUUGUGUUUUCAGUUCAGGCUUUUGAUCUUGAUGAAAAUGAUAAUUCAGUCAUUACUUAUCACAUAUCGAGAGAGAGAAACGACGAAAGCAAAGUGACUUCAUUUUUGAACAUCAACUCAGACAAUGGACACAUUUCUGCACUGAAAAGCUUUGACUUUGAGACGGUGAAGAGUUUCCAGUUCCAAGUUGUGGCCACAGAUUCUGGAAGUCCGUCACUGAGCAGCAACGUGACAGUGAACGUGUUCAUCCUGGAUCAGAACGACAACCCUCCAGUCAUCCUGUAUCCAGUCAACUCCAACGGUUCUGCUGAAGGUGUGGAGGAGAUUCCCCGCAAUGUGAACGCAGGACACUUGGUGACUAAAGUCAGAGCUUAUGACGCUGAUGUAGGUUACAACGGCUGGUUACUGUUUUCACUGCAGCAAGUUUCUGACCACAGCCUCUUUGGUUUGGACCGCUAUACGGGACAGAUCAGAACUCUCCGCUCGUUCACAGAGACAGACGAGGCGGAACAUAAACUGGUCAUACUGGUCAAAGACAAUGGGAACGUGUCUCUCUCAGCAACAGCUAUUGUGCUGGUCAAAGUUGUGGAGCCCAAAGAGGCUUUUGCUGCUUCUGAUGUGAAAAGCUCAGCAAAAGUGGAUGAAGACACGGAUGUGACUUUUUACCUGAUGAUCACUUUGGGCUCAGUUUCAGUCCUUUUCAUCAUCAGCAUCAUCGUGUUGAUCGCAAUGCAGUGCUCCAAAUCCACAGACUACACUUCUAAAUAUCUCCAAGAGACCAACUAUGAUGGAACUCUGUGCCACAGCAUCCAGUACAGAUCUGGAGACAAGCGCUACAUGCUAGUUGGACCCAGAAUGAGUAUUGGAUCUACUAUAGUUCCUGGCAGCCAUGCCAACACUCUGGUGCUGCCUGACAGGAGGAGGACCUCUGAAGAGGUAGGAUGGUGCUCUGAAUUUGCCUUGAUUAUGUCAUUUUUCCAAAGGCGCAUGUAUUCGCUGUCCUUGGUGCUUAAUUUGACUAUGGGCUAAUUUGAGGUGAUUU